AUAGAAAUUAUAAUUGUGUGUGUGUGUGUAUAUAUAUAACUAUAUAUAUAUAUAUAGUUUUAGAUUUAUAUCAGCAAUACCGACAGACUGUACAGUUUACGUGUGACAUCUGGAUUACUAUCAUAUAUCGAAGGAGAGGAAGUAGUGAGAGGAAGAAGAGAGAAAAUACUUUUAUAAAAUGACGCAAAAGGGAGUUGAGCGAUUUCUCAGUGUGCUGUAUAUUUCCAGUGUAGUUACAUCGAUGACAUCGAUGAUCUGCAUAGCCAUCCUUUGGCAAUACUGGGCAUUGAUUUUGAAUGCUUGUAUUAGCAUUGAUUGCGGUUGUAUAUUAUACUCUAAAAACACCUUUGGUACUUUUGCUGGGGGUGAUGGAAAGUUCUGCAAAUUUGGUGUAUACGGCUUGGUGCCGACGGCUCUACUGGAUUUAUGUCUUGCCGUAUAUCAUGGAUAUAGAAGUUGUAUAAAGAAGGAGUUAAAUAUACCUAUACGAACCUACAAUGAUGAUAGCAGAGACUUCAAUAUCAUCGAACCAUCAAGGGUAGAGAUUAGACCCAGACAAAGAAUAUCAUCGUACCAAAAAUGGAUGCCUUUUGUCUGUCUUGCGAUAUUACUUUCCUGUUUAUCAUUGUCUCACGCAAUAAUAAUAACCGAUGGUUUUUAUAAAACUUGCGACCAUUACAGGGUCAUGCUGAUACAAGUUUUAGGUUCAACUGGACGCGAAGCCGAGCUUAUUCACAAUAGACUUUCCUGCGGAGCAAUCUUUGAUUUUUUGGAUUAUUUACGGCCGAACGAUACCUGGAGCCGCGACAAACUGCCCAACUCUGGUCUUGUUUUUCUAUUAGCUAUUUUUUCCACUUGGUACAAUUUUAUUUCUUGGAUGGUGGCCUCCAUGUUAUACUAUUUCAUGCUACAUAACGAAACAUUUUACAUAUACACUGUAUGGAAAAUACAUUACGAAAAUUGUUCAAUGAAACGAAUAAACCGAUUGUAUGAUACUUGUGUUCCUUCUUUCUUCAACACCUUUUCUUUGAUUAAGAUAAAGGAAGGUAAGAGAGGGAAAAAUCAUACAAUUCUAUAUUCGGUGCUUUUUAUCUUUUCUCGUUAAAGAAAACUGCAAAUAUUUCAUCUUUGUAUUGUUUAUUUAUUCCUAAAUUGUAAAAAGGGCAGUAAUAUUAAAUUCGAUCGCGGUUUUCAAUUUUGUCAUUGCCCUUAAACACGGAGAAAAGCUAUGCGAUAUUAUACACACAUACUGACUCGCGAAAGUAUCCGAACGCUUAUAUUCGCAAACUCUAAGUAAAAAUAUGAGAAUUGUAAAAUAUUAAUGUUAUAAUUGAAUAAAGAUUGUAUAUAAAUAAGAA